CUACUUCCAUGGCCAAAUCGAGCACUUCAAUGGACAGAUAUGGUUCAUCAAUAGUUCAAGCAUCAACAGAUCUAGCAUCACCAUCGUCCAUCAGCAGAUCGAGCACUUCCAAGGCCAGAUCUGCUACUUCCAUGGACAGAUUUGGUCAACAGUGCUACUUCCAUGGAGAAGGGGGACCAGUGUGA